AUGGGGUUCGAAAAGAUUCGAUUCUUGGCGAAGAAGUAUAAUCUAGAUCCGAUCCGUGUCUUGACCGAAGCAAGAUCAAUUGAUGCUGGACAUCAUGACGUCAUGGAUCGCCUGGACCAUCCUCUGGUGUACCCAGUUUUGGUCACCCGCACAGUGCUGAGAUUUUUUGACGGUGGAACUCCGGGUUCAACUGGUCGAGGUAGAAGCUUUGGUCAAGGAGGUAACGAUUUGUGCGUACAGUCAAGAACCGAACGUCGCGAGUGUGUGGCACGCUUGGCUGUAAAUGUUGCAAAAAGGGGGCUCUCUAGUACGCCGCGAAAUCAUCGUGUUAGAUUGUCGUCGCGGCAAUCAUUUGACUUGGAUGUCACAGAAUCUGAGCGAGGUAGCUCACCGCCAACGGGCUUUGGUCUGUCUCCACAGCCUCAGCUUGAAGACAACCUUCUCAAAGUAAUUAACGCGCAGAAGCUACUCAAGGCCGCAGCUCGCACUGCUCUUACAAUAAAGUCGACUUCUAGAUCUGCCUUAGCUUCUUCAUUCACCACAGGUCCAGCGGCUGGUUCCGAUGUGAGAGUAUUCGACUUGACUGAAGAUGGCUUAGGCUGA